AUGCCUCUACUUAGGAAGAACUCUUCUCGUGGAAGAGGAAAGUCUCCUCCUCCUCUUCCUCUACUAGCAGAAAUGGAAGGAGAAACUGAUCAUGAAGAAGAAACGACAGCUGAUGAUUUUUCUUCAAAAAAUGGUUCUGCAAAUAUUAGAUCUCGAAAGGGAAAAAGAUCUACAGAAGCUGGAUCCUCAAAAUUCGGGUAUUCUAAUCCUGAAACUUUAAAUGCCAGAUCUACCGUGGUAUUAUAG